AUGACGUCCGAUUCCGUUACGGCAAAUUCUGAUCCAGUAUAUAAUUAUGAAUACUUUCAACAAGACAAUGUGUGCAGAUUUUGUUGGAACCGCAACGCCUUUACUGAAAUUACCAGUGAUACUACAGAAAAUACAACAAAUUCCAUUGAAAUUGAUUUAGCAAAUAAAAUAACAGAUUGUCUAGACAUAAUGCUUUCUCCAUAUACUCAUCCAAAUAAAGCCUGUGAUGAAUGUUGCAUACAAAUAAAUAAAUUUCAUGAUUUCAAAAAAUUCUGCCAAGAUACUGAUAAAAAGUUACGUGAAAUUCUAAGUAAUCAUGAUCGAUCUAUCAGUGAUGUAAAAAUUAAAUAUGAAGACAUUGAAACAGAAGAAAAUUCUGUAGAAAAUUAUUCAAAUACUGAUGAAAACUGCAAGACUGAAAGGAAAUGUAAAACUGAAAGGAAAUGGAAAUAUCAACCAAAAAGAACACCAACAUAUUGCAAUGUGUGUAUGAUAGAGUGUGAGACACUUGAUAAAUUUAAAAAUCAUAACUUUCAGUGCCACGGUAUUGAAAAUGGAUUAUAUAAAUGUUACGGUUGUGAAAAACAGUUUAAAAAUCGCAAAGCUCGUUUUUGCCAUGAAAAUAAUUUUUGUAAAGGUUUAAAAGAUGGCUAUAAAUGUACUAUUUGUGACAGAUAUCUUCCUAAACGAGGAAUUUUUGAGGCUCACAUGCGGGCUCAUAGAGAAAAUGUGUCAAUUCAACUACCAGAUGAAAUGUUUAAGUGUCAGAAGUGUAAGAAAUUGUUUAGAAAUAGAGAGAGUUUAAAACAACAUGUAGAAAGCGAACAUAAAUCAGAUAAAAAGAACUAUGUUUGUGAGAGCUGUGGCCGAGUUUUCACGAGACGAGACUAUCUAAACAAACAUAAGUUGACUCAUACAGGUGAUAAGCAACAUGUGUGUCCUCACUGUGGCUUCCGAACCAUACAGAGGUCCUCUCUCAUUGUACAUAUAAGAAAACACACAGGAGAGCGACCUUACAGAUGCAGCAUUUGCCCACAGCGCUGUGUGUCAAGUUCUAACCUCCGAGCUCACUUGCAACGGCAUCUUGGACUAAAAUCGCAUGAGUGUACAAUCUGCAACAAAAAGUUCGGAUAUAAGAUAAGUCUACAAGAGCACAUGGCGUCGCACGCGCCGGCGCUGCACGCGUGCGCGCACUGUGGCGCGGCGUACACCCGGCCUCGGGCCUUACGGAGACAUAUGGCGGGGAAGCAUGGGGAGAAA